ACUGAAAACCCCUUCGCCUCAAGCCAUUCGCUUGACACGAAUCCCUUUGACGACCCAUCAUCAAAGCAGGUUCCUCAACACGACGCCCGUUUUGAGGAUAUUAGCAGACGAGAACAAGAUUUGGAAAGGCGUGAGCGCGAACUGAAUCAGAGAGCAGAGCAUAUUCGUACCCAUGGACGCAACAAUUGGCCACCGUUUUACCCCCUUAUUUACCAUGCCAUUUCCGAAGAGAUUCCCGAGGCUUCAAGACCUUUGAUCACUCGCCUGUACCAGCUCUGGCUAGUCCUUUUGGGAACCCUAAUCUUGAACAUGGUAGCUUGUAUAUCUCUUCUAAUUGCUGGUUCAAGCGACGGCGGAAAGGACCUCGGUGGAAGUAUAGGAUACAUGUUCAUCAUCGCGCCUUUAUCGUUCUUGUUGUGGUAUAGGCCCAUAUAUAAUGGUUAUAUGAAGGAGCAAGCGCUUUACUACUACUUCUAUUUCUUCUUUGGUGGCUUCCACCUUCUCUUCAGUGUUUACAUGAUCAUCGGGAUUCCCAGUACAGGGUCUGCAGGGCUUAUUCAGACAAUUCAGAUGUACGCGCAAGGCCACUGGGCCGCUGGCAUUCUUGGCACGAUCGCUACAGUGGGCUGGACAGUGCAAGGAUUAGGGAAUGCUUUCUAUUACCGCCAGAUAUGGAACCAUCAUUCAGCUGCCGGACACACCAUGGACAAGGCUAAAGCAGAGCUAGCUUCUCAUGGCGCGAAGGCUUAUUUCACGCGAGGCUGA